AUGCAUGUGAAAAUCUUUAAAUGAAUUCGUAUAUGACAGAGACUCUCCGAUUAGUGAUUUUUUUUGCGGCCGAGCACUGAACGACAAUAUUUAUUGAGAUCCGGAAUUUAAUGAUGAAUUGUAAACAAACAGUUAAAUCACCUGUGCUCAUCUGUCAGCUGUGAAUUUAACUGUAAACUUGUCCAGAAAUGAGGUUACAUAGAGCUUUUCAAUAGAUGUUUGAACGCUAAAUAUGAGUGAAACCUAAAACACGAGCAACUGUUAAUAUAAUUCUAAAUAAUAUUUUCAACAAAGGCUAACUAUCAACCCAUAUAGUUGUGAGCGUAUGGGUGCGUAGAAGGUAGACCAGCAUCUAAAGGCUAGUUCUAUAUUUUGGUAUCAGUGCUAUGUUUAGUCAUUUAUUUUUCCCUCUUAUCGCAUUGUAAAGUAUGUUGUUCUCAUACAAUCAAUACUUAAAUACAUGCUACAGAUGUAGUGUUUCUGUAUAGCAAGGAAAAGCAAUUUGGUCUAUGCGGCCACUAGCGUCAGUAGACGGACCAAUAUUUAUGAUUUAUUUUGCAAUAGCUCACAAGGAAUAUCUUGUCAUUAGAAAUAGGUUUAUAGUAUUGUUGAACGCAAUAUUUUAAAACCAAUAAACACAAAUAAGUGUUUUCUGGAAGAUAUCAUUGCUAUUGUAUUUGAUAGUCGUAAAUACAAUUUCAGCAACGUGUUGUUCAGCGUUGAGAUAAGUUCAUAGACGUUCAUUAGGAUGUCGAUGGUCAGCGGGCCAACACGUCCACCGCGCUCGUCGAAAACUGCGCGCGAAUCUUCCGCAAGCGGACUUAUAUCUGUUAUUCGUACCCUCUCUUCAAGCCAGGAUAAUGACGACAGGGACCGUGAAAAAAGCCGUCUUGAGAAAGAGUUCAAGCGCUCGGAUCAACGCUUGGACCUUCUCAUCGAAAGCCAAAGGGAUGCUCUGACUAAGGCUAUGCAAGAUUUCAAUAAGAUAUCUUCCAGAAUUACUUCUUCUAGAGAUCGCAUAAAACAGGUGAAACAAAAAUUGCAGACUGCUCAGGUUCUUCUGCAGUGCAAACGCGAUGAGCUUCGACGUCUUUGGUUAGAGUCAGUUGAGCAUUCGCAUGUGCUUCAUUUGCUUGAACAGAUAGAAGGUCUGAACUCUGUACCACACAAACUCGACAACAACAUUUCGCUAGCUAGGUAUCUACAAGCUACAAAGGAUCUCAUGAAGAGUGUAGCACUGCUCGAAGGAGAGCUCAGCGGAGUUGACGCUCUUAGGGAGGUCAAGGAUAAUCUCCAGCAACAGAAAGAGCAACUACACGAAACGCUUAUGACAGAACUACAGCGGCACCUAUACGAAGAAGUUUCACGCGACUGCUUGGACGCCUUCCGAAGGAGCGGCAAAAUUCCAAAUUCGAAGGCAGAGCAUGUUGCUACCCAUCGCUUGCUGGUUUCGAUCGAAGACGCAGAACUUCUCAAGCUUGAGAAGAUAGCUGGAUCGGAACGACGACUCGAUUCUGAACGACAGAUUGUCAUCCUUGUUAGAUGCCUUGUACUAUUGGCCAAAAUUUCUGAAAGUGUCGAGAUGAUAAGAGAACGAUGCCAAGGCCACUUAUUUCAUGCGGUCUCACGAACGACAACUGCCGUUCUGGAAGGUGGAGAAGGACCUGAAAGGUUAUUGCAGCUGCUCGAACUUAUUUUUGCGCAGUUUCUUAUCAUAGAACAGAGGCAUCAGCUGGUCCUUUCACAUCUUUCUCCUCACGUUGUUUCCGAGUAUGAUGAAGAAGGCAAUCCGAUACCUCUUCUCUACUCGAUGGAAGACAUUUCGUCGAAGAUGCAGCACGUUCUCACUACACUACUCAACACGUAUCUAGGAGCAACGGGUGGCCGACAAGAAGUGCAUGGUGGUUUUGGCACGUCUGCGGGGGAUAAUAUGGACGUGAACCUUUUUUUUUUGCGCAAAAGGCCCUUUGUGACAACAGUUAAUCCUACUAAGCAGCGUAAAUUUACUUUGUUCAAAUUUGACAACUCGCAGCUGGCCAUUUCGAAGAGCAGCUAUCUCCAGGAACAACAGCAGCAAGGUAGCAACGGAGUUGUCAUAGAGAAAUCUACGGAUCAAGGAGCCGCCCUCGGGCCGACCCCAUCACCGUCUGCUCCUGGCGGGACUGCGGGAGGAACCGGUUUGUGGGAACAGGUCGUGUGUAAACCGUCGUUCAAGAAUAUCAGUUAUAUGUACAGGCCAAUGUUGCGUUUUGUCGAAAGACUCGAUGACGCUGAACGAAGUCCACUGCAGAUCGUUCUCACGGCGGCUGUCAAGGAGUUUCUCGCCAUGGUCAACGAUGAACUGCAGACCGUGGUGGAGCAGUCAGCGAAAUCAUUGGAGGAAUUCCGUGUGGUAACCGAUGCAGAAGUUUUAAAGAGUCUAAAAACGACUCGACCAGUUCUCCAGAGCUGUGUAGCCAUCGAUGGUAUUCUGCAGGUUCUUAAAGAGCAUGCCAAUGAUCUUCCUCAGUUCGCUUCCGAGUUCGUUGAAAAAGCAUGUGACGUUAUGAGAAGAUACAAAGAUAUCGCCGAGCACACCUAUCGUACGAUUGUACCGCCACAAGAGGUGCGCCAGACGAACAGCAAUCAUUGGAUAUCGGAUCCAGACAUCUGCCGUUGUUUAAUGGGUUUACCCAAUUGGAUUAACCUCAUUGACGAUGUCGAACACGAAGAGCUCGAAGAGAGUCCCGAAGAUAUCCGUCUUCGCAACCAACAAGAGGUCUCGAUCCUUCUUUCGAAUUUAGAAAUGUGUGAUGCUCUGAAGUGCGGUAAGGAUAAUCCAGCCGAAGAUAACAAUCUAUCAGAAGCGUUACGGAAACUAAAGGAAUUUGCGACGGAUCUACAAGAGAAAGCGAAUACCUGCUUGUUGCUUCUACAUCUCGAGGUCCGUGUGCACUGCUUCUACUAUCUAUUACCGCUCGUGGCCGAAGGCCAUUUCACCACAGCAGUGGGAAGUCUUGGAGGUGGCAGCACGAAUUCGCCAGAUGUAGCUCAUGGCGGCGGUCAUGGAACCCAAGAUACCGACCGACAGGUUUUGGACCUUGCCGCUGACCUUUCACGGAUCGAGGAAGCACUUAGCAAUGCUGUUCAACCUCGUAAGCACAAGUAUGUCUUCGAAGGCCUGGGCCUGGUUAUAGCAGUUAUCUUAAUGAAUGCUGUCCCGCAGAUUCAUCGUAUCAAUGAACUUGGAGUAAAGCGCAUUUGCAGGUGACCUUACUUAUAUCUUAUAUUGGUACACUGUAUAUACCAUAUAUCUGUCAAAUAACUUCAUCAAAGUAAACAUAUGUAGGUUGCCAAAUUGAGCAAAUCGUCUUUCACCGACGUCUCGCAAACAUUGUGCCUACACGUUCUAACAGUGUAUUAUAAGUGUUCAUUUAAGAGAUCGUUCCUAGAGGCUUGGCUUUAAGGCUUUGCCUAAUACGACAGCCUAAUAAAAACAUGUUAAAGAAAGGCACACCAGUCAGGGUCUUAAAUAUAAUGUGAGCUUAUAACCGGUGUAUUACAAUAUAUACUUGUUAAGUACUCUUUUUAGACACCAACUUAUUCGCACAGUACAUUGAAUUCACUAGCAAUCGUUGUUAUCAUAUAGAGCUCAAAUGGCGAAAAAAUACUUGAUUGUAAUUCCCGUCUACUGUCAUCUAUGGAUAACUACCUGUUAGUAUGGCUUCCUAAAGUUACUUCGAAAAAUACAAAGCUCGAAAGCCGUUCUGUUAUGACGUGACGGUUUAGUGAUAUGAGCCUAU